AUAACGUUAAUAAGAUUAAAGUAAUCGGGUGGAAAGACUUUAUCGACGGAGAACCGUUUGAAGAGGUGACGGAGAAACCCGCGUUGCAUGUAGCCGACGGCUGCUUGGCUUCCCUUCCCUCAUGGAUCCUAUUGUGCUAGAAAGUAACGCGAGCGAAAUUGGUGCAGAUCAACAGCAGCAGCAACAACAACCACACCAGCAACAGCAGCAACAGCAGUACGGCGAGGUAAAUCAACUGGGGGGUGUGUUCGUGAACGGUCGACCUCUGCCAAACGCGGUCAGGUUGCGAAUAGUGGAGCUUGCACAGCUGGGUAUCAGACCGUGCGACAUCUCGCGGCAGCUGCGAGUCAGCCAUGGUUGUGUCAGCAAGAUCUUGGCCCGAUACCACGAGACGGGUAGCAUACUGCCCGGUGCGAUCGGUGGUAGCAAGCCCCGGGUGACGACCCCGAAGGUUGUCCAGUACAUCAAGCAGCUGAAACUAAAGGACCCAGGCAUAUUCGCCUGGGAGAUCAGGGAUCGUUUGCUCUCUGAUGGAGUGUGUGACAAAUACAAUGUACCUUCGGUGAGCAGCAUCUCGAGGAUACUAAGGAACAAGGUCGGCGCAGCAACCGCGUUACAUCAUCAUCCGCAUCAUCCGCAUCAUCCGGCUCAUCAUCACCAUCAUCACCAUUUGUACGCAGCCGCGGCUGCUGCUGGGGCUGCUCUCUGUCCUGUCCCUUAUCCGCCGACGCCUUAUCACGCGACGCCGCCACCCGCUGUAACGCAUCACCAUCAUCAUCAUCAUCACCAAGUUGGUCCAACGACGCCGAGCAAGCUGUCGCCAUCGUCGCCGACCUCGAUUCACGGUGUUGCUCAUCAAACGGCAACCGGUGUUCUGCAAUGGCCGAGUCCUCACACGGUUCACGAUAUCCUCGCCAGCGGCUGCAAUUUGACCAACUCCCAGACAUCAUCGUCGUCGCCCAGUUCACCGCUAUGCGCGGCAGUAAACGACAACAAUAAUCAUCAUCAUCAUCAUCCUCACCACCAUCAUCAGAGCAACGAGAACGCUGCCAGCAACAAUAACAACGAGGAGACCAGUGGUUAUCAUCAUCCGCAUCAUCAUCACCAUCACCAUCAGCAGUAUUACGCGUCCGCGCUCUACCAUCAUCACCAUCAUCAUCAUUCGGACACUGUGACACCGGUCGCCACCACGUCACCGGUACUCAGCGUGCAAUCUAUCAUGAUGCAAUCGUCGGUGGCUAACAGUCAACCGGCUAGUCCUUGUAACUGAAACAAUUAGAUCUUUUUUACAAUUACUUGCGAAUCUUAACGUGUUCGAGGAAAGAACAAGUUGAAAAGGUUGAAAAGUGAUGAAAGAGCUCGGUGAAAAUGAAUGAUCAACUUGUUGAAAAUGUGUUUGCGAUAGAAAUGACCAAAUCAUUUGUACUCGACGAUGACCAAAAGGUAGCAUUACGUUAUCCUGUAACUAGAAAUUAUCGCUCGAAGCGAUUACGAACGGUACAUCAGCACCAGUAUUAUAUAUUUUAUAUCGUCGUUUGCCAAGAGUGCCUUUUAUCGAGUGCCAUAAAGGAUUUAGGUAAUGAUGUAAUCGGCUGUUCAAAGAGCGUUUAAGGAAGUUUCUCGAACGAACUGUAUCCAUAUUAUUUAACUGUCUAAAUAGUUUUCUGCCAUGCUUUUUUUAUGGAAUGCAACUUUUGUCAUGAGGAAAUAUAUAUUUUCCUUAAUGUUAAAUAAUAACACUUAAAUAAUAA